AUGCUAGAUUCUGAGGAGACUAGACUGUUGAACUCCAAAGGCGACUCUAACCAAAUUCUGGGUUAUGGAAAUUCUGCGGAUUCAGGUCACUUUAAUGUCACGGUCCUUCAAAACGCUUUAAUGAUACGUGAAAUUAGUUGUACUUAUCUCUCUUUAAGGCAGUUGACGUUAAAAAUGUUUGAAAGUGAUAAUAUCGGUUUUAUAUGUAAUAUACAAGCGCAUUGGUUUCCAAUUAGGAAGCUGGCUUCUGGACAGUGGUACAUCCUUGACAGUCUGAGACGGGGUCCUAUACCGGUAGAAUCAGGUUGGCUCUACAGCCAUUUGUCGGAUAUUUUAGAAAAUAAGGACGGCGUUGUAUUCAUUGUGACUCCUACAAAUUACAAUCUGAGACUGCCGGAGCCUGAACCAAAUAGAUUUAAAAACCUGCAAAGUCACCAGUUUUAUCUCAGUGCUUCACAGAUUGCAAAUGAUUCUCUGGAUGAAGAUGCGCCAAAAUCGUUUCUCUACAAAAAUGGAGAGUCCAAGUCGGUAUCACACGACUGGCCAACCACUGGCGGAGUCCGUCUCGAUGAACACGUUUCAAUUGAGCCAAAGAAGGAAGAAACUUUUGGAAAUGAUGCAAUCAAGGUCGCUAUCAAGGUUAAUAGUUCAGACAGGAUAAUCCAGGGUUUUGGUGAAAAUUCGGUCAUGGAGGACAUUUUCAAGUGGAUUGAAUCCAAACACCCACUUGGUGACUAUGAUUUCUACUUUUUAGUCCAAACUGCACCCUCUCGCAAGUUCAUAAGGUACUCUAAUGGAUCAGUAGAACUUAUCGCUAACGACCAGAACCCAGUGGAGGUAACCAGGAAAUCACUCGUUGAUUUGGAUUUUGGGCCACAAGAACUCCUAAUUCUACAGACCACUUUAAUGUAG